AUGUGGGAGGAAAUAUUUUUGUUAUCUUUCAUGUGUUUGCUAACUGCGAUAUUAUUUUCUAAAUUUUUUUUUCAUAUUCAACCCAACGAAAUAAAAUUUCACCUGUUUUUCUUCAUAUAUUACUUAAGCUGUAGUUUAGUAUGCUUAGUGCUUUUGCCAUUUUUCUUAUUAAGGCCUAAAAGUGUUUACAAUGCUAAGUUCGGCGCGGCUAUUAUGAAACAUAUAACAAAACUGUAUGGCCUAAAAUGGGAGCUACGUAGAGGCGAAAUAUUAGCUGAGGAACGUGGAGCCAUCGUUGUUUCAAACCAUCAGUCGUCUCUCGAUGCUUUAGGACUGUACAACAUCUGGGAAUUGGCAGAUAAAUUAACAGUCGUUGUUAAAAAAGAAUUAUUGUAUAUCAUGCCGUUUGGAUUGGCAGCAUACCUCGCUGGAAUCAUAUUUAUAGAUAGAAGGAACUCGAAACACGCAUAUGAUCAACUUAAAAUUACGACAGACGUUAUGGUGAAAGAAAAGACGAAGAUCUGGUUGUUUCCUGAAGGUACGAGGAAUAAAGAUUGCACGAGUUUUUUGCCUUUCAAAAAAGGUGCAUUCCAUAUGGCCAUUGCUGCUCAAGUCCCAGUCAUACCUGUUGUUUUCUCGCCGUACUAUUUUUUAAAUAACGAAAAAGGUAUUUUGAAUAAAGGUCAUGUUGUCAUUCAGUGUUUGAAUCCCAUACCUACAAAAGGAUUAACCCUAAACGAUGUCGAGAAGCUUACGAACCAGGUGCGAGAAAAAAUGUUGGCGGUGUACAAAGACCUAUACAAAGAAGUAACAACCAAUAUGCCGUCAGGCUAUUCACAUACAAAAAUGGGUUAA